ACAAUAAAAAUGUCUACUAGCGCCACGCAUCGCGAACCGCCCCGUAGAGCAGUACUAGUAAAAACGACAUUGUGACAGUUACUCAUCAUUCACACUCCACCUGAGCCGACUGGCCCUUUUUCUCUGACGCCGCAUAAUUUCUUGAAAAGAAAUGGCCGAAGAAGAAGAAGUGUUGAUGGAAAUGGAAGCGGUGCAGGCUGUAUAUGGAGACAAUUGUAUCGUCGUUAAUCAAUUUCCUCCUCAUUUUCACCUCGAUAUCAAGCCCCGAACCGCCGAUAUAUCUUCUCAACAGUUCGUAGAAGCAAUAAUUGAAAUUCGAGCAAGUUCUCAAUAUCCAAAUGAACUACCGGAAAUCAGUAUUAUAGAAUCCAAGGGGCUUGAUGAUGGAAGGCAGAACCAGCUACUUGAUAGCAUACAACAAAAAGCUCGCGAACUCUCCUCUUGUUUGAUGCUUGUUGCUCUCUGUGAGGAUGCAGUUGAGCAGCUCUCUUUUAUGAAUCACCCUGAUGGAAAUUGUCCAUUGUGUUUGUGCCCUUUGGUCUCAGACGAUGAACAGAAUGAAACCCGGCCAUUUAUGAAGCUGAUGUCGUGUUUCCAUUGCUUUCACAGUGAGUGCAUUUUAAGGUGGUGGAAUUGGCUUCAGAAAGAGAACAAGACCAAUUCUGACACCCCAUCUGCCACAACUCUGCACUCCGUCAGAAGCCGGGAAAAUAAGAAAGAUGCAAUUGGAGAAAAUAUGGGAAACUGUCCAGUUUGCCGCAAGGUCUUUCACACCAAGGAUUUCGAACAUGUGCUCAGCUUGGUCGAGGUGCAUACCUCUGAAUCAAGCUCCAACAUAACAGAACUUGAUGAGGAGCUACUCCAGUCUGAUUCAGAGAACAUUCGAAGACAUAAGUUUGAGGCCAUAUUGAAACUACAGCAAGAAAAUAGUGGUUUAAUUGAACCAAAGAAAAAUAUAGUAGUUUUACCUGGCAUGCAUCUUCCUCCGCCAGCCCCAGCGCCUACCCAGACGUUGAACGAUGAAAGUAAUGAAGAGCAGCAAAACAACUCAACAGUCUCGACGGGAAUAAACAUUGGGGAUCCUUCAAAUAGACCUAGCUCCAGUCAGUACAGGAAAACCGGCAGGCGAAAGCAAAAAAUACAAAAUUCGAGAAAACAAAGCGUGUGGGUCCGAAAAGAGGAUGCUGCUUCUAGUUAGGUACACAGCACAUCUUUUUUUAGACUUUUCCUUUUUUCGCAAAAGCAUUAUGUUGGAACUAAAAUACAGAUUGGCGGUGGCAACAACAAGCAGGGCUGCGGUCUGAUCUUAUACGCUUGUUAUGUCUCAUUGAGAUCUUCUAAAAUGCUAUUUCAGAUUUUUGAUUUAGACUUUGGAGAUGUGAUGGCUUAAAAGAUGAUUUUUUGUUGACAACGAUGAUAACUUUGUAAAUGAUGAAUGAAUUGUUUUUUUUUU